UUAUGAGUAUAGAACAACAGUAGAGAGAGUAAGCAUUCACGAUCUUAUAUUGACAGCAGGUCGUCAUAAAUCAAAAGGCAAUCGAUACACAAUUGCAUAUGAUUUUUCCAUCGGCUUGGAAAAUGAAUGGGACCUGCACAAAACAAAAGGAGUUUGGCUAAAUGGCAUCUAUGAGUCAUCCCAUGUAUGUGCAAAAGCAUUAGGCACUAUGAGUAGGUCUCUCCGAGUACUUGCCAUGGGAAGCGAUACAACUGUGUGCGGGCAAUGCAGUAAACAAUUUGAUGCGCUGAGGUUUCUACAAGCGUAUAGGGUGCCCAAUUUGGGGAUCGAUAUAUGUAAGAUUAAAAACUUACGCUUCAUGGAUUAUACUUUCAUGGAGAAUGAAAUUUGGAGCCUGCCCAAGAAUUUUUCUACAUUGCAAGUACUCAAACUUAGGAGGAGCUGGGGAACUUUCGGGGGCGAUAUAACUAAGAGGAGUUGGGGAACUUAUGGGGGCGAUACACAUGCAGAUAUAGGGCUUGGGCAUCUCAUUAAUUUAAAACAUUUGGAGUUGCAUGGAUUUCAUAAUACACAAAUCUCAAGCUUUGUGAAUGUUUAUGGUCUACAGAAGUUAAAACUGUCUCGUAUUGAAGGUCUGAAGGAGCUACCCGGGUCAAUUCGGAAGCUCCGAUCACUACAAGAGUUACAUUUAGACGCGUGUAGUGACCUGAUGCGGUUAGGAGAAGGAUUUGGAGAGCUAAGCUCCCUUACCAAGCUUGGUUUGAUGAGUUGCUGGGCAUUGGAAGAGCUACCAUGUGAAUUCCAGAAGCUAUUGUUAUUACAGUCACUGAACUUAUGGAGUUGCUCCAGUCUCGUUCGGUUACCAGAAGGGCUUGAAAACUUACCAUCCUUAAAAUAUAUAAAUGUCAAUGGGUGUAAAAAGUUAAUCAGUCUCCCGAACGGGAUCUGCAAGUUGUCUUUAUCAGAAAAUACAAUAUCAUUUUCUGGGAUUUCAAAUUUGAAGGAAAUACCAGAAGAGAUUUGCAAAUUCACAACAUUGACAAGUUUAUCAUUGAGCUUCUGUAAGAGCUUAAAGGUGCUUCCCAUCGGCUUCGGUCAAUUGAGUUGCCUGGAAAAGUUAUACCUAGAUGGAUGUGAAAGUUUGCAAGAAUUGUGCGAUGACUUUCAUUGCUUGGCAGGAUUAAAAAUAUUAAGCAUGUCUGGUUGUAAGAGUUUGUCAAGACUACCUGAAGGCUUUGGGAAGCUUGGCUGUUUGGAAAGGUUAGAAUUAUCAAGGUGCGAUAACACACAGGAAUUGUGCAGUGACUUUGGGUGUCUUCGAGCUCUAAAAUACUUGGUUCUGUCCAAAUGCAAAAGCCUGUACAAACUUCCUGAUUGUUUCGGCCAGCUUGGAUGCUUGGAAACGCUGGAUUUGUCGACGUGCUCUAACCUGGAGGAGCUUUCUAGCGAUUUUCACGGCUUGACAUCGCUAAUAAGUUUAGACCUGUCAAAUUGUGGGAACCUAGGUGAAAAAUGGAUGGACAAUGUGGGAUCUGUUCAGAGCUUGUGGCGGCUAAAUAUUUCAAGAAGUGAAAAGAUGAUCAGGCGGUGGAUAGAAAUGCAGAGGGAGAAAGAAGAUUGGAAUUUCGUGGUGCUAACAGACUGCUCUUGGGAUGUAGGACCGGCUAUUCAUCUCCAUCUGAUAUUAUAUCUUAUAUUUGAUUGUAUUUCAUUUGUAGCGAAUGAAAGAUUUGAAUCAUUCUAUUACUCGUCUUGCUUUGCAGGAAACAGAGGAUGGACAGAAAGCUUUAUGUUGAAGGUAGCGGCAAUAAAGGUAUUUGAUGAAGGUCUACUGAUCGACAUUAAUGGACACCCCUUAUAUUCAUUCACAUCAGCCUCCUCUCUCAUCUUCAUUAUCGAAGCUGACGAGCAUAGACGCUGUCAAAUUGAUGGGAACUUAUUUGAAAAAAAUAUGCAACGACUAGAUUUGAGCUCAAGAGGGUUGUCAAUCAUAUAUGCCGGUAGAUAUUUCAGUGAAUUGCCAUCUGAAGUGACAAAUAGAAUUGUGGCUUAUACGCCUUCAAGCUCUAAGUUUUCCUCAUUCUUUGGUAAGGUGUAUGCUACAUUCCCCGAAAUCUAUGGAAGACACACCUCUGUUUACAGGAGCAGAGCUGGUUCAGAAGUAGAAGGAAUAAAAUGUUUGUCCACAUGGGAAGAUGUCUCGUAUGUAUUAAAUGAAGCAGCUGCUCUCUUAAGGAUUCCUAAUGAGAGCAAUGUUGAAAUCCUGAGAGCAAUACUGCAAACAGAUUUCCUCCACAGGAAAAAUCAGUAGGUGAAGCUCAUGGAUAUACAAGGAAAAGUGGUAUUACUUCUUCUUACAAGCUUGCUCAUGUGCAAGAGGCGCUAUUUAGCAUUCAAGGAUAUAUAUAUGAAGAUGCAAAGCAGGCAUCACAAUCUGGUCGAAGUGGUCUGGGUUCCAGAUUGUGAUGAGACAGAGGAGGAUGAGUUCAAGAGAGUUGCUGCAAAGGUUCCAUGGCCAGUGGUCCCUAAUCCAUGGUUGAUUAAACAGUCAUUAGAACACUUCUUUUCUUUAAUAGAAGUCCCAGACAAUUCAUCAUCAUGGUCUCCAACACCUCCAACUGUGAUGGUGUUGGAUGGCAGAGGAAUAAUCUCCAACAAGAACGCAUGGGAGAUGAUAUCAAGGUGGGGAGAAGAGGCAUUUCCAUUUUCACAGGGUCGUGAAGAAGAGCUCAGAAAAUCAGAAUGGGAGAAGAUGUGCAACUACAAUCAAUUUGUUUUUCGAAGUCUGCCCUUCACUAAACCAGAGAUGAAACAAGGGUUGCCAUGUGCAGAAAUGAUGUUGCUGUUCGUGGGUAGAUCAAAACAGAUGUCGGAGUUGAGUUCUAGCUUGGACUAUGCUCUCACCCAUUUGAAAAGUCACUUUAAACUAUAUUAUAUUUUUCGGGACGAAAAAUGUUUCUGCAAGGAUGAGAAAAAAAGGAUAAAGCGGAAGUGCAGCAUUCCUAGCAUCUCAGUGAUUGAAGCAUACAGAUUUUGGGAGCGCAUCAAUUAUCUGCACAAAGAUUUAAAAACAAUGGGAAGUGACGAAAAGUUAGUGCACGUCAGAAAAAUGGUGUGUGGUAUUCUUAGUGCAACAUCUGAGUGUGUGACACAGGAGAUACAACUAAUGGUGGUGGAUGAGAAGGGGGAGAUGGAGAUCGGGAGAGGAAAGGAAGUGAUACCGACACUAUUUUGGUGGGCUGACAAUUACUCAAAGCUACCCACUGAAAGAUGGGAGUAAUUAGACAGGUUCUGCAGGGGCAAAGGAAAGACACAGAAACCCAUUCCAAGUAUCAUCCCCAACAUCUAAUGCUUCCAAUAUCUUUACUUUAUGCCCCUUAUGCAUCUCCACGCUGCACUAUAUGUUCCCGACGACAGUCGUUGUUGGGUCAUUUUCAAUGUACCGUAUGUGAAAAUUUUGUAAUGUGUUAUGAAUGUAUGUUUAUAGUUUAGGAGUUAAGUCGGUCUCGAAGUAGUUACACAGUUUUAGCAGGGUCGCUCUUUUCUAAUUAAUCAUAAGAGAGAGUUUUUAUGUUGACUAGUCAAAUUCUAGUUGUUUCCAACUAUUGUACGUGCCACAUAAAUAGAAUACAUAAUUAAAUAUUAUUUUUCUAA